AAUCGGGGCGACUAUAAAAGAGCUCACAAUUUACAAUUGCAAUCAGUAUCAAAGUCAAAAGCUUAAACGUACAAAGUCAACAUGAAAUUCUUCCAAGUUUGCGGAAUCCUCCUGGCCAUGCUUGCUGCCCUGGCCAGUGCUGAGCCUAUCCCUGAACCUGGCACUGUUCUGAUCCAGACGGACAACACGCAAUACAUCCGCACCGGCUAACUUCUUUAACUGCCAUAUUUUAAACCUACUGAAGAAAUAAAACGACUUAAAAACUA